CCUCCAUUAAUGACGGACGAUAAUUAAGCUCCUCGAGCUUGCGACGUACAAAAAUGUAGUUGCGAAAAAAAAGCAUAAUUUGACAAUUUGAGGAAAUGCAAAGUGGGGGAAUGGAGCUCGUGAGUGGUCCACGGUUCGUUGCCUUUAUAAAAAGACUUAUCGAUGAAAGUGCGACGAGCGUCAACGCCGCGAUCAAAGAUUUAAAUCGAUUUUAUUUUACCAUUUCAAUUUACAUUCCAAGAUUCUAGUUCCGCGAGUUCUCAAAUUCUAGAAAUUAAAUCUGGCAGUUGAGAGUUUGGGACCGUAGAAAAAAAUUAACCAUUGUUCUUGUUUUCGGAACUUCUUGUUAGUUGGACGCCGGACGCCGAAAUAUAUUUCUAUCGCAACAAACUGUAAAAAAAUUAAUAGAUUUAAAAUGCCAAAGUCCAAGGAAAUGAUUUCCGACAGUGAAAGUGGAAGUGGCAGUGCAAGCUCAGAGGAAGAAGCAAAAAUAAAGAAUAAGUCAAAGAAACAAGAGAAAAAGAAAGAGAAGAGUUCUGAAAGUGAUAACUCUGAGUCGGAACAAGAAACCAAGUCCAAGAAGCGAGCAAAAAAAAAUCAAGUAGAUAAAUCAUCUAACAAAAAAGUUAAAAAAGAUACAAAGUCGAAUAACGAUGAUUGCUCUUGGGAUUUAGGCGGAAAAAAACAAAUUACCGUUCGCUACUUUAAAGGAAAAUGGUUUGUUGACAUUAGAGAAAUGUAUUUUGAUAAGGAUGGUGAAAUGAAGCCUUCUAAAAAAGGAAUCUGUAUGAACACAGAAAAUUGGCGAGAACUAAUGAAAGUUGUUGACGAAGUGGAUAAAUAUGUAAAAUCUAAGUGUUGAUUAUUGUAUAAUCAUUAUAAGUGUAUUUUAUAUAAUGUAA